CCCAGGGCCCCUCCCAGGAGAGCAGAGUGUAUGACAUAACGCUCUGUAAGAGUAGGCUGAUAAGAUUAGUAGGGAAUUUUGCCACCAGUUAGAAGUUACAUGAAUUAUAUUUGAAACAUAAUCUGUAAUUGCCUUUUGAUAUUUUGAUAUUUGAUAUUGAUAUUUUGAGGGAGUAAAGAUGUUUUCAGCUUGGGUUCCAAGAGAGAAUUAAGGCCUAAGCCAUAAACCGUCUGUUGAUGUAAUGACUUAACCCUCCUGCUGUGCCUCCAGGACUGUGCUAGCUCUGUCCGGUCCCUGGGGAAGUCAGAGGAGAGUCGCUCAGACCCUUUUUGGUUGACAUUUAAUUCUCUUGGGGAGUCCCAGUUGAGAAAGGCUGAAUGGGAUCUUCAGAUUGGAGGUGUAGAUUGGAGGGGCAGGGUCCUUCCUCCUGCCCAAACAGAGAGAAAGAGGCUGGUUCCCUCCACAAGGGGCAGCCAGGCCUGGGUCGGUGGCUCAGAAGUGUCCUGGCCCCCAGGCAGGCUCCUUCUGACUUGGCCCUGCUGCCCGUCCACACAGCACUUCUCCACGUGCAGGGUCAUGACCCAUGUGGUGAGAAGGAGGUCAAAAGCAUGCCAGCUGAGCUGGUCUCUUUUAAAAAGCUUUCCAAGAAACUGCCCCAGCAGCAGCCUCCUACAGUCCUAUGGCCACGGUGGCCGUGCACCUCCGGGUACCUGCUUGCUCACCCACUGGUAUGUCAGGCUGACACGCCCUCGCUUACCCCUGCUGCACCAGACACACACUUACUAUCACUUCUGACACAUGUGAAUGAUCAGGCAGAUCUGUUGGUUUCUCCUGGCCUCAGCUGGCUGGGACGCUGGGCCUCUCUCCACAUAGACGUCCACACUGGGCUUCCUCACCUGAGCCACCCAGGCGCCCCUGGCGGAAGCAUUUUAAGACAGCAAAAGCAGAAGCUGCAAAGCCUUUUAAGGCCCAGCCUCAGAAAUCCGCAACCACACUUCCUCAGCAUUGCGUGGGCCUACAAAACCCACCGGCCAGGCCAGAUUCAACACCAGAGAAAUAGACUGUGCCUCUCUGUGGGAGGAGUAGCAAGGUGGUGUGGCCAUUUCAGCAUUUAUUUACAGAUUUACCUCUAUUCUUUGCUGUCCCCGGUGCUCCCAGAGUCAUCAUCGGUAGUAGGCUCGGACUCGAGGUCCAGGACCCUAUCAUCGAGGUCAGGUCAAGGUCUUCUGAGCUUCUUGGGUACGGCUUACUGGGUAGAGCUUCAGAGGCCGUGGGCUAUCAGUGGGUGACCAGACCCACACACGCAUCCCUUCUGAAAGGAGGGGGCAUGAGGUGACUGGAGCCACCACGUACAGCUCAAGCUUUUUGACGUGGUAAGGAAGGUUUUCCGUGAGAGCAGAGGUGGGGGCUGCCUGGUAAGCCCCAUGGUAUCACCUCUGCCACUUCCAGAGGUCAGGAGGGCACGUGGCCUGGCCAGGUGCAGGGUGAGGAAAUGGAGCCUGCCUCCAGGAAGGAGAAGACACCGUCAGUGGCAGAGGGGCUCGGAGACUGGCGGGCUCCCUCGGGGUCACUCUGAGCCACUGCUCCUCCAUGAGUGCCCAGGGAGAGCAGGGCCUACAGACAGGUCUCCAGUCCAUUUAGGUUAGCAGAGUCUUUUCUCUGUGACAUACUCAGAGUCCUCUGAAAGUGACCUUCUCAACCUGU